AUGUUUAUUCCCGACCUGGCUGCUGCUGUCCUUGAACGGCUGGUAUUCGCCCCGCUAUCUCGCUGGAUAUCAUAUCUACUCGCCAUGCUCGCCGUAUCCACGACCCCAAAGCCUGCACAUAUACAGUCUCUGCCAGCACCAGAUCCUUCGUCAGAGUCAGAUGAUGCUUCGUUCCCACCGGGUUCUGUAAGCUCAUUCACUCCCACGCCUCCUCCUCCUCCUCCUCCUAACGCUUCUGCUACUUCCAUCGCUCCGCUAUCGCUUCCAUCGCCUGGGGAUUCACAACCCUCCCCAGCUAUGUUCGUAAAGCCACCUGUACCACCGGCUCUUCCGCCAACCGCCCGGAACCACGAGCCCUCCAAUGUUAGCAAACGACCAAAGCUGUCCCUGCAGACUUCCUCACUGCCCAUCACCUUUGGCAAGUCUACAACGGCGCUUUCUCUAGCGCUUUCAGCAGGAUGUUCCGCUUCCCCCACCGUAUGGAAUACAUUCAACAAUGCCUAUGACGGAUUUCGCCGUACAACGUCGUCAUCAUCGCCAGUGAGCGCUUCGUCACCUAAAUGCGCCUCCCGCUCCGCGAAACGGGGUUCGUCAUAUCUAUGCAACUGCCAGACAGUUAAUGAACAACUCCCCUACAAGCUCCCGCUCGGUCUACGGAGUAUUCUGCGUAACUCCCCUCAUACAUCCUCACUGCGACGAGCGUCUCUGGCUGUGCCAAGCGGCAAUGGGUCGGGCAAUGGACACUGCGGGCGCAAAGUGUUAUUCCCUGCGAAAAGACGGGUGAAAUACCGCUUUCCGCUCGACGAGGAAAUCAAGAACGUGCGCUAUGUAGCGAGGCAUUCGGAUCUUUCACCUCUAGAUUCACCCUCAGGACCUUCAGAUGUCGGGACGUCAUCCUCCUCCGAAGAUGAGGAAUCAGACUCGUCCGUCUCGCACCUGUCAGACGAUGACGAACCAUCAGCACUAACAGAGACACACAAGGGCAAAGACCAGGACAGUCCUGCCACUGGCGCCAACGCUAGCAACGAUCAUGGAGAUGUAGCUGCUGUUAAAAAUAGCUUACCUCCAGCAGCGGCAGCAACACCAACUGCCACAACUACAGCCGCUCCUCCCCAGCGCCCACGAACCAAGAGAAAACACUCCACAAGCAAGCGACAAAUCUGCGCAGUCGCACUACGCGAAAACCUAUCCAAUGCCACCUUCGAUUCUGGCGCCGGUAGCACCUGCGGCUCCCGGGAUAACACCCCGCAAACACCACUUCUCCACAAACGGCGGAAAUGCCAUCGCAAGUGGCGCUGGACCCUGGGACCCGUGGAAGACGGACAAGUGCAGCUGACUACUACUACUAAUGAUAAUACCAAUGAUUACGUUGAAACAAAUGUAUCUGAGCCUACGGUGGUGGAACUAGAGCUGUCUUCCCUUGCAACAGCAGAAACAGGAACAGGAACAGCAGGGAAAGUGGACGUUCCACUGCUAACCUGUCCGUCACCGAAACAGCGGCGUGGUGCACCGCUGAUGAGCGAUGUUUUACAUGAAUCUCCCGUCACACCGCUGCCGGAAAGUCUCCGGUCGAGCCCUGGUCCUGGUCCUGGUCCUCAUUUGAAAGCUGUCUGA